CCCGUGGCAGCUUUGGUUCCUUCUAGGAGACGUAGAAUCGGCCCUGGGGUUAUAAAAAAAGAAGAAAAAAAAAGAAAACUCGGGAAUAGCGCCAUCUUCCGGAAAAUAUAAACUUCAAGCACGGUUUAGUUUCAGUUUUCCAAUUUAUUUUUCGACAAAAGUCUACAAAUAUUUGUAUGUAGACUUGGCAGUUUGUAAAUUUAACGUUUGUGCCUACAGAAGUCGGCCGUUGGUGAUUGCAAAUGGCGAAAAGACUAUUUUCUUCUCCAAAUCAGUGUACAAACUUCCAGUUUCGGCAAGCCUCUUUUGACCUACUCACAGAUAUGCUCAUUUAUCUCAACAAAAGAAACAAAAAUAAUCUCAAAAAUGUAUCAAAAUAUAGCGGAAAAUUCAAGGAUAGAAGAGUCUUUGAGUACAUCUUCCUGAUAACUGAAGAUCUGAGACUUGAUCCACUGGUUGGAUACCAUGCCAUUGAAUUACUUCAAAGGUUCAUGGUCAAGCAUCUCACAGAUUUGCUCACCACCCCCACACCUCAAGGUGCAGCUGCUGAUCAGCCAAGAAGUUAUGAGAAUGCUAUUUUUGACAAGAUCAAGGAGAAAUUCCCCCUCAUAAUCUUCUCCUGCGUGCAACUUGCGAGCAAACUGUCUUUGCACAGCCAUGUAAUCGACAACAACACUGCUGUGCACUUUCUGCAUUCAGUCGGCCACAGUGUCUCCAAGCAGACUCUCUUGGAAUCAGAGCUGAUGAUCUUGAAAGGGCUUGAAUUCAGACUAAAUUCCCCAAAUCCUCUGACAUACGUGGAAAUACUUCUGGAGGUGCUUGGACACAAUGAGCCAUCCGUCCCUGUGGAGCGCCUGUGUGACUUGUGCCACCAUGUUCUCCAGUUCGUCAGCCUACAGAGGACUGCCAUCUACGACACCUUGUUAAAGACUACCAUUGGGUGUGUCAGCCCAUCCACAGAACAGAGAGAGAAGUUUGUGACGGUGACUGAAGACUGCAUGCUUCUUGGUGUCGGUGUCAUCGCGGUGGCUACGUUAUUCCUCUGUGUCAGAAAAUGGGAACAGGUUGUGGGAGAACUGAGCCAUAUCACAGGAAUCUCCAGCAGGAGCAUCAGCGAUUUCGCUCAUGUGACACUGAUGCAUACUGUUAGAUACAGUUCCCCUCAACUUGAGUCUUAAUAACAUUAGACCAAAGAGCACUGCUUGAUACUGUCACUGUUUAUCGUGGAGUUUGUUUUGUAAUUGUAAUGUUGGUGCUGAACAUGUACGUGUUUGGCAUAAGAAAAAAGGAUCUUAAUGUAAUGAAAUGUUACCAAAUGAAAAAGUCACUAUAGAGUGGUUACGUUCUCAAAAUAGUCUGUUUCUUAGUGACUGACAUAUGUCUAGAUUAUUUUGACGAUAUAUUCUGUAAAGCUAUAUUAAUAUCGAUGUUGCAGUUGUGAAAAUACACCUAAGAUUUUGACCUGUCAGUACAGAUUAUUUUCUAAAUCUGUUACAGCCUUAACACUUAACGCUUCUUUUCAACCUCAUCCUUCUUAGGUAAGGAAGCACUGGCAAUAUCUGAAUCUGAGGAAAGAAUGAAUAACGUCACUUGACGCCAAAUAAAGAUUUUAAUUUCUUCCAAA